UUUACUUGGUCAGGUGGUCCAGAGCAACCCGGCAAUACCACGACAUUCAUUAUUGAGCCGUGGCUGUGUAACGUUAAAAAACGUAUUACUCUUAAAAACUACCUCGAAGUCUUAGAUUUAUAAUUUGAAUAUUAAGUGUAUAUAAUCUUAUAUUACAUUCAACACGGUUGACACAUACUUAUUUAAGCUCAUCCAGCAUCCAGUUAUUGCAUCUAUAUGAUCAUACGGAUAUUAAUAGAAAUCAAUUUAAACAUGGCACACAUUUCAACUGGAUUGAUAAGUUCGUUAAUAGUUUUCAUACUGAUAAUGCAAGAAAAUGAUUCUCGAACAAUAACAGAAAAUUCUAUUAAUAUAAAUACUGAUUUUGAAUGCCGUACAGACAUUGACUGUUAUGAAAAAAAUAGUUAUUGUGAUACUAGUUUAAAUUUAUGUUCUCAAUGCAUGAAUUGUAGCAUAUAUUUUAGAACAACUAAAAAAAAUAUCAAGUGUCCAAAAGAUAUAUCAGAUUGUAGUUCCUGUUUUGAUGGCUAUUUUGAAGAAAUAUUUUUUGGAGGAGAAAUUCAUGAUUUAUGUGUUCCAAUAAAUUCUAAUACUUUAUUACCAACACCAGAAAAAAUUAGUUCAAAUUCAUAUUGGCAAGAUAUUGGAAUUUUUUUUUUAAUAAUAAAUAUAUUUUUAGUUUUUCUGAUAUGGACCUAUUUUUAUAAAAGAGUUUGGAAUAUAAAUUCAAAUGAUAUGUCUAAUUCUAUACAAGAUAACAUUGAGAAUCUACCACCACCGUAUGAAAGUUGCAUGAAAUUGAAUAACUAUGUUACAGAUGACGUUCAAGAAUUUCAUUUAUUUACUGGUGAACAGCCGCCAAGAAAUGAAUGGAGACACCAGAAUGCUGUACCAUUUCGUAUACCUGAUGAUUCACUAGAGAAUAUAAAUUGUAUGGAUGAAACUGAAACUCUUGAAGAAGUGGAUGGAGCUUCUGUUCCGAGAGAAAUUGAAGAUCCAGAAUUACAUGAUGAGGAAACAAUGCCAAGUAUCUGGUCCCCCCCACUGCCAACACUGCCAUCAAUAUCAGAGAUAAUGCAUUUAGAGAAUAAUAAUGAUGUACAAACUUGUCAACCUCCACUCAAACGGAUAAGACUGGUUCAACAAUCUACAGAUGAAAAAAGUUAUCAAGACGAAGACAAUGCAUCCGAAAAGUCUCAAGAUGAAUAAUAAUUAGUUAACUAUUAAAUUUAAGUAUGAGAUUAAAUCUGAAGAUUAGUAUAUAAGCAUAUGUAUGUUUUAAAUUAAAGUUUCUCAAUGUUAAACUAUAAUUCUUAAAUAUAUAGGUACUUAAUAGUUUUUUA